AUGUUGGGCAAAACGAUCCUCUCCCUAGCUGUCAUUUUUGUGGCAGUUUGGGCCACUGCAAAGGCGCAGGCACCGAGCGUUGCCGAAGGCGGGGCCGAACAAACGUUGGAGGAACAGGCAGCACAACAUAAGGCGACGGUAUUGCUGGUGCUUGCCAACCGGUCCACCAGUCUGCCGGCGGAAAGUGCACCGGCAGUCGCGGCCGUGCUGGAGGAGGCUAACCAGCAGUUGGAUGCGUGUGCUGCCAGUUUGGAGACGCACCAGCAGAUCUGGCAGUACAAAAUGUGUGGAUCGGCUGUACUGCAGCAGGGACUGGCGGCGCUGUCUGCGCUGCAGGCUACUAAUGGAUCGGCCCCGAGUGGGACCUUUUAA